GCUUGCUUACCAAACUUAAAAAAAUACAAAUUAUACGGAUUGUAUUAUAUUGUUUGUUUUUUGUUAAAAUAUUCCUUCAUUGUUGCCAUCUAAGUACCAGCUAGCUUUUAUUUUGUUUUCCUCUCACCACUGCAAUGGCUUGUGUCCAACAAGUUAGAACUUCACAGGAUACUCAGCUGUUACCUAAUCAGGUUCUCUCAGAGCAGCAGUCCGUGGUUGUUAUGAAGAGACUUCUCGCCAUCGCAGUGUCUGGCAUCACAUACCUGCGAGGCAUUUUCCCAGAGAAGGCCUACGGCAGCAGAUAUGUCGAAGAUCAGAAAGUGAUGAUCCUAAAAGAGGAACGCAGCUGUCCUGGUGCCAAUCAGAUUGUUAAAUGGAUGCAGGGAUGUUUUGAGGCCAUCCAGAAGAAGUAUCUGCGUUCAGUCAUCAUGUCUAUCUACUCUGACCCAGAGAACCCACAGAAAGUGACAGAGUAUUACCAGUUUAGGAUCCAGUACACUACAAAAGGAGCGCAGAUGGACUUUGAGAGGUGGGAUUGGUCCGUCCGUUUCUUCGUCAGCAACAACGACAACAAGGUGUCGUCCAUGUCGUGCGGGAACACCAAGAAGGCGAGUAUCCUGCUGGUGAGGAAGCUCUACACUCUGAUGCAGAACCUCGGCCCUCUGCCUGACAACGUGUGUCUCAACAUGAAGCUGUCCUACUACAACAACGUCACUCCUCAGGACUACCAGCCGCCAGGCUUCAAGGAUGCUGACGGCGACACCAUGGAGUUUGAGAAGGAGCCGGUACAACUCACCAUGGGGGAGGUGCUCACUCCCUACCACACUCUGAAGCUGGACAUGGCCACGGAGAGGCAGAGACUGGAGCAGGUGGAGGAGAGUGUUAAUGUGACUGAGAAGUGGAUUCUGAAUAUGGAGGAGGAGGGAGAUCUGUCGCAGACUCAUGUGAUUGAAGACGUGGAGAAGCCUGACGACAGCAUAGACUUGGACAACACGGAGAUCGAGAUGAGCUGCCAUGAGAAGAUCGAGAGCUGUGAGGAAGUUAUGGAGAUGGUCGCUCUGGUGAAGAAGACCUCCGACAUGGAGAUGGGUAUGAAGAGGACGAGGAGCGGACGCAUCAUCAGGUCCACCACGCAGACAAACCUGAGAGUGAACAACAUGCCACCGGCAGCGAAGAAGGACAAACUGGUUUGUCAGUACGAGAUCCCCAACAGCCAGGGGACACCGUGCUCCUCCUCGUCCAGCAAGAGGCGCAAGUUCAGCGAGCCCAAAGAGCACUACUGACCUGGCACCAGACGGCUGGAUUGAUUCACAUUCAUGAUUUUUAUAUUUCAAUUUCUAGUCUUUUUUUACAUGGAUUUUUUUAU